AUGCAGGAACAACUUAGAGAAACCCCAUCAAAUCGGCGACGUGUGCGCACAGGAUGCCUGACAUGUCGGGGUAGACGGCGAAAAUGUGACGAAGGAAAGCCACAAUGCCAAAACUGCAGAACCAAAAAUCUGCAAUGCCGGUACGGUCUGAAUAUCACAUUUGUCGAAUCGAGAAAUCUCAAGGCCACAAAAGCGGCACACUUAUCAACGGAAGAUGUUGCCAUUCAAUAUCGAUCUGAGCAACGAAGACAAACUUCAACCGAUGUCAGCAGUUCCCAAGGAAAUGUAUCCCUUCCAAGGACACAUACGAUCCAAAGACUCCAGAACGCACCGGAGUCGUUGUCCGACAGCUGGCUGACCCAAAAGGAGCCCCAAAAUACGUCGCAUCGUUUUAUCGGUGAACUAAAUACUAGUAUCGCUCGCCCAACAUUGCUGUCAACACCACGGACCCCAUUCCCCGAUGACUUGGAUCCCUUUGGCUCAGUAUCGACGCCAUUUCCUCCACUGUCGUCACAGUUCGUCUCGGAUCGUUCUUUGGAUUCACCGUUAGAGCGUCAAUUAAAUCGUCCCGCACCGGCCAACUGGGAGCUGGAUCCGCGUGACGAGGGACGGUAUACGAUAGAGCUUUUAACUUUUUACCGGUACCAUAUUGCACCCCGCCUGGAUCUUGGUGUCGGUGAUCAGUUUUUUGGCGUUCAUGCGCUCCUUAGGGCGAAAACUUGCAAUGCUGUGUGUCAAAGCGUUCUGGCCUUGUCUAGCUGCCAGAGAAACCUUUCUCAGGGUAUACAUCGAAAGGUGGACGACCCAGGCUCUGAACAGCAUGCCUUGAAGGCAAUGCGGUCGCUCGCUAACACAGAGGAGGAGGACAAGAUGACAGUUUUAAUCCUUCUCACGAUUAGAGAAGUCAUUCUGACUCCUCCGGGCCUGUGGGGCAAUGUGUUGCAACGAAACACGAAUCUUCUGACCUUCAAUCUGCAAGAAGGACAAUGGCAGAUGGUGGCACGGCUUGUUCUUGCCGCCGAGCUUACUGCUUCGGCUCCGGCAAGCCGCGUUGACCUCAACUUCAUCUUUCAAUGCGCACGCCCGGUCUUGCCAGGCCAAAUGCUCACUGACAAGCAACAACUUUGCCAAGCAUUCGCGAACCUUGCGCGAGCGUUCAUGAUACCCGGUAAUGCGUCCGGGAUCGGUGGUCAGCGAACGCUGUUACCGAUGGCCACCGUAUGGCAAUCCUGCUGGAGCGAUUGUGAGUUAUGGUACUUUGCGAGAAACGCGGAAAUGCAAGAAAUCUUUGAGGUUGACGAGUCCAAGGCGCUGGCUGCAAGAAGCACGUCAAGUCCACCAUUUCCGAUCAUCAUCUUCAGUAAUGUAUGCGCCCUCCUGGCCAAUUUCUCGCACCACCUGACGGCGAUCUAUUUACUACACCACAAGCCACGAUUGAUCAAGCCUACUGCAGAAUCUGGUUGGUCAGCGUCGCUGGCAUGGCACGCUCAAAGGCUCGUGGGCAUGAUUGCUACUUUUGACGAUGCUGAAAUAUUCGACCCACUAGUGAUCGCAGGUCUCAUCUUCGGGACCAAGAAACUGAGCCACCCUUCCCAAUUAGCUGUAGUGGCAAAAAUCAUGAAGAAAGCUGCUCAGACGACGGGUUUGCAGCUGCAGCAAGAGAUUGACCAGAUCGAAACCACUUAUGGGGAAACACUCGGCUAA